AUGAGUAGUAUUAUUUUAGAGAAACAAGAUCAGGUUGGUGUUUACGUUGACUCUUCACAAGAUUCAGUGAAUGGUGCUGAGAAAUCGGAGAUCGACUUUUCGGUGAUUCCAGGUACAUCAAAUCUAGUUGAGAACGAUGAAGUUGUUUUAAUCCCAACACCUUCAGACGAUCCCAACGAUCCAUUAAACUGGUCAAGGAAAAGAAAAUGGCUACAGAUGUUUUGUAUCAUCUUAUACUGCUAUGGAGGUUCUAUUCCUGGAUGCUGUAUUUACUCAAUCACUCCAAACAUUGCAGCGGAUCCAAAUGUCAACUUAUCGGUGGCUAAUAUCACCGCAGGUACGGGUUAUUCGUUUUUGUUUCUUGGUUUAGGAAACCUUUUUUGGUUACCUAUUGCACAACAGUACGGCAAACGUCCUGUUUACUUGCUUGGAAUGCUUGGUGUUAUUGCAUUUAAUAUUUGGCAACCAUGGAUUACCAACAAUGGACAAUGGAUUGCGUCUAAAAUUAUGAAUGGAUUUUUCUACAGCACUAUUGAAUCAUUGCCUGAAAUAACUGUUACUGAUAUGUACUUUGAACACGAGAGAGCAACUUACAUGGGUAUCUACGGUGCCGCAUUGUUUAGCUCCAAUUACGCAGCUCCAAUGCUUGCUGGCUUUGUCAAUGACGCUUUGGGGUGGAAAUGGACCAUUAUUAUUGCGGUUAUAUUUACCGCCGUUUGUUUUGUUGCAAUGUUUUUCUUACUUGAGGAGACUAACUAUGAUCGGAAAUUGAGAGUUAAAAAGGAUGUGGACGGUACUGUCGUCAGUGCAAUAACUUCCAAUAAUAACGGGCAGAAUGAUGAAAUCAAGCCAAUACUCUCACAUAUUAAUUCUGCUAAACAGCAUUUGGGUAAUCAGACAGUUUUAAUUGAUGAUCAACUUCCAGUUGAAUAUCCACCAGAGAAAACAUUUGUUCAAAAGUUGUCUUUGACCUCUGGUAUAAGGAAAGAUUUUCAUUUGUUUGACUAUAUGGUUGCUCCAUUAUACAUGGUUAGAUACCCCGUGGUUUUGUGGUCUGGAUUUUUAUAUGGUGCAUCACUUUUCUGGUAUACGGUUUUAAAUGCAACGGAAGCGGUCAUUUUAGGGGCAAAGCCAUAUAACUUUUCACCAGCUAUGUGCGGAUUAGCUUAUCUCUCACCAGUUAUUUUUGUUGGAUUGAUUUACCCAUAUGCAGGCUGGUCCACUGAUUGGAUCAAAAUUUUCAUUGCAAAGAAACAUGGUGGUGUAUCGCAAGCAGAAGAUAGAUUGUGGGUUUUAGUAGUUUAUAUGAUUCUAGGUCCUGCCUCUUUGAUCUUGUGGGGUGUUGGUGCAAGCAAAGGUAUCCAUUGGUUUGGUAUAAUUGUUGGUUUGGGUUUACAAGCUGGUCUAUGUAUUGUUGGAUGCAUUUCAUCGGUUACGUAUACUUUGGACACGUAUCCGGAAAUGGGAGUUCCCGCAAUCACAGUGUUAGUUAUCAUUAGAAAUACAAUGAAUUUUGCAAUGGGAUAUGGUAUCACGCCUUUUAUUGACAACAUGGGCGUUCAAAACUGCUUUAUUAUUUCUGCUUUUAUUUGCUUAUUCUGUAUCGCAACCUUCUUUGUUAUGGUAUACACCGGAAAAUACUGGAGAAACAGAUUAAAGAAUAGCUACUGGAAACUAGUUGUCUCAUACCGUGAAAAGGGUAUUGCUCAUUGA